UGUGCGGGAGUCAAUUCUUGAUAUUCAAAAAUAAAAGCGACCGUCGCGAGCUUGGUCAGUCGAUCUUACUUCACCAAUGUCAUCCGCUGAUUCCACAGUCAUUCAACUGCUUUCCAGCCUCUCCAUAUCCCCCAAGACAGUUUCCCACGAGCCCGUUGCUGAUAACAAAGCAUGGCAAGCUGCCCUGGACAAGGCACAGACUGAUGUCAAGUACAACUUGACCAAGACCUUGGUUCUUAAGCCUAAGACUGCCAAAUCUGCUGCUCCUACCCCUCUUUUCAUCGUUGCUCUCGAAUCUUCCGAAACCAACAUUACUGCCAUCGCCAAAUCCCUUGGAUUGAAGGAAUGUCGCUUUGCCAAUGAAGACUUGUUGAAGGACACUUUCAACGAUGACAAGACAUCAGUAUCCGCUUUCUCUUUGUCCAAUGUGAAGGACUUGUCCCUUGUCCACGUUGUUGUUGACUCUGAUUUGCUGAGCUUGGACGCCACCGAGCUUAUUGCUUUCCACCCAGCUACUUCAGAAAAGACCUCGUUCAUCUCUUCUACUGAACUCAAGGUUUACCUUGAUUCCCUCGGUAAAGAAUACAAGGUUAUCAACUUUAAGGAACUUGCCGCUGCCGCUCCUGCUGCCGCCGCUAAGCCUGCCGCUAAGGCUCCCUCCAAGCCUGCUAAGGCUGCUGCUGCUGCUCCCUCUGCUCCCGCAGAAGAUAUCCAUCAAAUGGGUAUUGAGCACAAGAAGGCCGAUGAUCUUCCCAGAUGGUACCAACAAGUCCUUACCAAGAGUGAUAUGCUUGACUACUAUGAUGUCUCUGGAUGCUACAUUCUCAGACCUCUCGCUUAUAACAUUUGGAAGGAAAUUCAAAACUUUUUCGAUGCCGCUAUCGUUGAGAUGGGUGUGGAAGACACUUACUUCCCCAUGUUUGUUUCCAACAAGGUUUUAGAGAGAGAGAAGGAUCAUAUUGAAGGUUUCGCUCCUGAAGUUGCUUGGGUCACCAGAGCAGGAAAGAACGAUUUGGAGGAGCCUAUUGCUAUUCGCCCUACCUCCGAAACUGUCAUGUAUCCUUACUUCGCAAAGUGGAUCCGAUCCCAUCGUGAUUUGCCCUUGAAGAUCAACCAGUGGUGCUCUGUUGUUCGAUGGGAAUUCAAGAACCCCCAACCUUUCCUUCGUACUCGCGAGUUCUUGUGGCAAGAAGGUCACACUGCUCACUUGACCAAGCAAGAAGCUGAUGUUGAAGUUCGCCAAAUCUUGGAUCUGUAUGCCCAAGUUUACACCGACUAUCUUGCUCUUCCUGUUGUCCAGGGUGUCAAGUCCGAGAAGGAACGAUUUGCUGGUGGUUUGUAUACUACUACUGUUGAAGCUUUCGUCCCCACCACCGGUCGUGCCAUUCAAGGUGGUACCUCUCACUGCUUGGGUCAAAACUUCUCCAAAAUGUUCAACAUUGUUGUUGAGGAUCCUAACUCUCCUAGCACCGCCACUGAGGAAGCCAAGAAGUUGCAUGUCUGGCAAAACUCAUGGGGUCUCUCUACCCGUACCAUCGGUGUCAUGGUCAUGGUCCAUGGUGAUGACAAGGGUCUUGUUCUUCCCCCUCGUGUUGCUAAUGUCCAAGCCGUCCUUAUCCCAUGUGGUUUGACCGUCAAGUCCAAGCAAGAGGAUUACGAUGCCAUUUAUGGUGCCUGUACCGACGUUGCUGCCAAGCUUAAGAAGGCUGGCGUCAAGUCCAAGACUGACUUGCGUGAUAACUACACUCCUGGUUACAAGUUCAACCAUUGGGAAAUCCGCGGUGUUCCCCUCCGCCUUGAAAUCGGUCCUAUGGAUCUGAAGAAGCAACAAGUCACUGCUGUUCGUCGUGACACUGGUGCCAAGUUCACUCUUCCCCUCGACAACAUUGAAAAUGGUGUCAAGGAGGCUUUGGAAACCAUUCAAAAGGAUAUGUUUAACCGAGCUUUGGCUGAACGUGAUGCUAACAUUGUCCGUGUUGACAAGUGGGAGGACUUUGUUCCCAACUUGAACAACAAGAAGCUCAUCCUUAUACCCUGGUGCGACCGUAUGGAAUGUGAGGACGACAUUAAGGACAGAAGUGCACGAACCCAAGAUGAAGAUGAGGAAGUCGAUGAACGUGCUCCCUCUAUGGGCGCCAAGUCACUUUGCAGACCCUUCGAGCAACCCACUGAAAACCCUAUCGUUCCCGGUGUAACCAAGUGUGCUGCUUGUGAUCAUGAUGCUAAGCACUUCAUGUUGUUCGGCAGAAGCUACUAGACAAUACAAUGCAAACCCAUGGCUUGCUGUUUUUUAAAAAAGAAAAAGAAAAGAAUUAUACAUAUUUGUAGUUGAAGGUAGGCAUCUAAUGCUGGAGAGUGUAAAAAAAGAAAGAUAAUGAAAGUUUCAUUUGUGUUAAGUCUCUAUACAAAAAAAUGAGAACCCAAUAAAUAAAUACUCAUGGACAUGAAGCGAUGAAAAGUCAUUGGGAUUUUUAGCAAGUGGUAACGCUGCCGUGCCUUGAAUGCUGUCCUCUGGGGCUCUUGGACCGGACCAUGC